AUGUCGUUCUUGUGUGUUGGACCACGGAAUUCUGGCAAGACGAUGCUUCUCAACAGCAUUCAAUACCCUGGCAGUGUCAAUUUCACGACACAUUCUGUGAACACAGUCGGAACUAACAUCUUUACCAUUCACAAUCUCGAGAAGCCAUUGAAGAAGGGAUCGAAGAAAAAUAUCGCAAUUCGUGAGUUGGGUGGUGAGAUGGCUGUGAUGUGGAAGAAAUAUUACUCGGAGAGUGUCGAGAAGAUUCUGUUUGUUGUCGACACAUCCAACUUGUGCCAAAUUUCUUGUGCUGGCGUUCUUUUGUAUUCGAUUCUCGCUGAGCCAAAGCUGCAAAAAGCUAAAAUUUGUCUGGUGCUGACGAAAAUGGAUUACGCCUAUCGACAAAUGAGAAACGAAGCCUUGUUGAUGUUGCAAAUUGAGAGGCUGAAAGCUCAAGUUUCACAAGAAAUCACAAUAAUUGAAUCGAGUGCUAUCACCAGAGAAGGUCUCGACCAGAUUGUCGAAUGGCUGUUUAAUUGAGUUUCUCUCGAG